UUCUUCUCCAUGGUUUGCAACAAGAGGUUAAAUAACCAGAAAGGGCCUUUUAAGGCCCUUUUGUACAAAGCCCAUAAAUGGUUAAUUGAAUUUAGCCCAUAUUUGGACUAUCCUCUUUCCUUUCUUCCGCUCCCAUUUCUUAGCAGAGAGACAGAAAUUUUAAAACCAGGUAAGAGUGAGGUAGAAGGGGACGGAGGAGAGCGAGAAAGAGUACGGCAAAUAUGCAACUAAAUGUGAUAAAGAGGCUGACUACACAGCCCCAUAUGGGAAUUAUUAGGUGGAACCGUUCCUACAGUUCAGUACCAGUCUCUUCUCCUCCUCAGCAACAUAAUGCAGAUUACCAAGAACUGUAUAACCUUCUUCAAUCAGGCAAAACCUCAAUGGAUAUCAAAACUCUGAGUAAAAUCCAUUCAAGAAUUAUUACAUUUAGUUAUGGUACCAGUCCGUCUCUUAUGGCUUCUUUGAUGUUGAAAUAUGUGCAUUGCAAUUGCCGUAGUAUUGUUUAUAAAGUUAUUGAUCAAGUUUUCUGUUGGAGUAUUGAUUUGGUGGAGUUGAAUUUGAUCAUUGAUAAGUUAAUGAGAACGGAAAAUUAUAGGGUUGCCAAAAUGGUUUUUAAUAAAAUGCCUGCACGAGAUGUGGUUACAUGGAACACGAUGAUUGGAGGUUAUGUUAGAAAAGCACGAUUUGAGGAGGCAUUGAGACUUUUUAGAUUUAUGAAUAAAUCCAACGUUGAGCCCGAUAAAUAUACAUUUGCAUCAGUUAUAAAUGGGUGUGCAAAACUUGGAGCCCUUAAACAUGCUCAGUGGGUGCACGAGUUGUUGAUUGAGAAAAGAAUUGAGUUGAAUUUUAUUUUGAGUUCAGCAUUGAUUGAUAUGUAUUCCAAGUGCGGUAAAAUUCAGACUGCCAAGGAGAUUUUUGAUGGUGUCCAACGCAACAAUGUUUGUAUUUGGAAUGCAAUGAUCAGUGGUUUAGCAGUUCAUGGGCUUGCUUUAGAUGCAAUCAAAGUCUUUACAAGGAUGGAGGUGGAAAAUGUUUUGCCUGAUUCUAUAACUUUUCUUGGAAUUUUAACAGCAUGUAGCCAUUGUGGUUUGGUUAAAGAAGGUCGCAAAUACUUUGAUUUAAUGAGAAGUCGAUAUUCGGUUCAGCCACAUAUUGAGCAUUACGGAGCCAUGGUUGAUCUCUUGGGUCGAGCUGGGCUUCUAGAAGAGGCGUUUGCCAUGAUCAAAUCAAUGCCAAUGGAACCAGAUGUUGUUAUAUGGAGGGCACUUCUUGGUGCCUGUAGAACAUACAAGAAGCCAGAACUGGGUGAAGCAGCCAUGGCAAAUAUAUCUCGUCUCAGGAGUGGAGAUUAUGUCUUGUUGUCAAAUAUCUACUGCUCUCAAAAGAUAUGGGAUACUGCACAGGGAGUGUGGGAAAUGAUGAAAAAGAAGGGAGUUCAUAAGGUCCGGGGAAAGAGUUGUUUUGAGUGGGCUGGUUUUCUUCACCCAUUUAAGGCAGGUGAUAGAUCACAUCCUGAAACAGAAGCAAUAUACAAAAUGUUGGAAGGAUUAAUCCAGAGAACAAAGCUGGCUGGAUAUGUGCCCACAACAGACUUAGUUACAAUGGAUGUCUCUGAAGAGGAAAAGGAGGGAAAUUUGUAUCAUCACAGUGAAAAGUUGGCGUUGGCCUAUGGGAUCCUCAAGACUACCUCUGGAGCAGAAGUUAGGAUUUCAAAGAACCUCCGAAUCUGUUAUGACUGUCACAAUUGGAUAAAAAUAGUUUCAAGACUUUUAAGCAGAGUUAUUAUUGUAAGGGAUCGGAUUCGAUUUCACCGGUUUGAAAAUGGUUUAUGUUCUUGUGGAGACUAUUGGUAGUAGUUCCUUAAAAUUCUUGAUAAAAUAUUUGGUGCUUUUAUGUAGUUCCACAACUCAAUAAGCAGAGGUGGCUUGGUUAAUCUAUACCAAUGACAUCCACAAUUUGCAUUCCAAUGAACAAAUUACUGUGAAGUUCAGGAGUUGCUUGGAUGUUAAUGAAAUGAUAUGAUUCUGCUGAGAACACAGUUGGUCGUUCACAAAUUUGGGUGAGAUAGCCUGAAUUUGUUGCUUGAAAUAGAAGUCAAGUUUACUUGGAACUAACAGCACUAGGAGGAAUUUGCUUAGAUUGAGCCUAUGGAAUUGGGACUUGCCAAAAUUUGCAAUAUCUGGUAGCUGAAAUUUGAUCACAGGAAGAGUUUAAAGGAUUGGCAUUGAUUAGAGCUAGCCCAAUUAAACUUUUGGAGGAUGCACAUGUGAAAUGGAUGUUCUGUCAUUGACAGGUUCAAGUGGAUGUGGAACAGAUUUGCAUGAACCUCACAACACCUAAUUGAAAACAUUCAGCAAGGUGUGUCAAUCUUUACAAGUUGAAUGUUUAUAAUUGUAUAUUUUGUUCUCAUUGAAAUUAGUUUACUAAUCCUGAUGUUUUUUGUUCCUUGUGCCCUUUUGCCAUUACCUAAACAGCUACUUUCUUUGUGUUGUGAGACGUGAAGUUUGUGAUUGAAAUUUUGCUUUUAUCAGAAAUGAUGAAUGAUUCAUCAUGAAGCUGAGGAAAUCAAGCUUGGAUUAGACUUAUCCUAUAAAUAAGGAACUUAUAUGUAGCUAGUGAUUCAAUGAUUACUAGCAAGACAUGCAAAGUUAUUAGAUUAGUUAGAGACAUCAUUUAUAAGUUUGAGAAUAUGUGAUAUUGUGUAUACAGAGCAAAAUCACCUGCUGGGCUCCCCUGCAAUCCUUUGUUAGAUGAUAAUAGAUAGGAACCAGUUAUAUCUGGUGUUCUUAAA